CCCCCCCCCCCCCCCCCAACACGAUUCCAGGGACAUAAUCUGGUGUGGGUCGUCCGCAAGCUCCGAAGUCUCAUCCCCACGCUCCUCGACCACCACCGACUCUCCACUCCCAAUCCACGCAGACGGCUGCCCGCGGGCUCGAAGUUGACACGCAAAACUCCUAGUGUCCUUUGGCAGUCAAUCAUUGGAACAAUGGUCGUUCUAGCAGCUUCAAUAUGCACGAGAGGCGGAAAGGCCGUUCUCUCCCGGCAGUUCCGUGAAAUGCAGCGUUCGCGGAUCGAAGCCCUCCUUGCCUCUUUUCCCAAGCUCGCCGACAGUGGUACCCAGCAUACUACCUGCGAGCAGGACAACGUUCGCUAUGUUUACCAGCCCCUGGACGAGCUCUAUAUGGUGCUGAUCACCAACCUACAAUCCAACAUCCUACAAGACAUCAAUUCGCUCCACUUGUUCGCUCAGGUCGUAUCGUCGAUAUGCAAGUCUUUGGACGAGAGGGAGAUUCUCAAGAAUGCAUUCGAGCUGCUGACGGCCUUCGAUGAGAUUGUGACGCUGGGUUACAGGGAGAACUUGACGCUGAGCCAGAUCAAGACUUUCUUGGACAUGGAGUCGCAUGAGGAGCGCAUUCAGGAAAUAAUCGCUCGAAACAAGGAGUUGGAAGCUUCCGAAGAGCGCAAGCGAAAGGCCAAGCAGCUCGAGAUGCAACGCAAGGAGAUGUCAAGGUCCGCGCGAGUCGGCGGUGGUAUGGGCGGUGGGUCGAUGCGUACACCGCAAUAUCCUACCUUCACACCAAGUGUUCCUACCACUGUUCCUGAUACAUACGAUUCGUACGAAGCGGCGAAGAAGACGGCUAGCAAGCCGUUGGCCCUGGGUAAGAAGGGCAUGCAACUCGGGAAGAAGAGCAAGACCACCAAUAUAUUCGAACAAGUCGCUGGCGAUCUUCCCGUCGAAGCCGAGCCGCUUGUUUCCUCACCGAAAGCGAGCGCUCACCCUGCUCCCGCAAGCGCACGUCAGUCCCUCUCGUCGGACCGUGAAGCUGUGCAUAUUACGACCUCGGAGCACAUAUCAGCGCGCCUGGACCGUGAGGGGCUCCUCAAGACGUUUGAAGUCAAGGGCGAGUUACAACUCAAAAUCUCAGACCCGGCUUUCACGCAAGUCAAGCUUGAUUUACACGCCGGCGAGACUCGUGGCGCUCAGCUCAUCACCCACCCCAAGGUCGAUAAAACCGCUUUCCGGAACAGCAAGUCCAUUCAACUCGCAGACACUACCAAGGGCUUUCCCUCCAAUAUGGGCAUUGGCGUGAUGAAGUGGAAGCUUGCCCCCAAAGCGGACGACAUUUCCGAUCCUCCCAUUACCUUCAGGGUCUGGGUCGAGGGAUCCGGCAAGAUGUUCAACAUCACCGUCGAGUAUGAGCUUACUGGUGGCGAUACCUUGAAGGACGUGUCUGUGACGAUCCCCUUCAGCACCGAUGAGCCGAACGUCUCCUCGUUUGACGCUGUAUAUGAAGUGAGCGGCGACAGCUUGGAAUGGAACAUCGGCACUGUGGACGAGGAGAACAGUUCCGGUAGCUUCGAGUUUGAAGCCCAGGCCGACAACGAGGCGGAAUUCUUCCCCAUGAGGGUCCACUUCAGCAAAACAAAACCUUUUGUUGACGUUAGCGUAUCCGCUGUCACCCUCCUUUCCAUGAAUCAGGAGAUCAACUUCUCCAAAGACGUCAAGUCUGUUGCAGACGUUUACGAGAUCGCUUAAGUGAGUUGCUUGGGUGUUUCACGGAUGUGCGGUGUGACAACUCUGGGGCCGAUGAAGAGUUCACAGGGAGCGAGCGAGCGAGCUAGCUAGUUAGCAGAGAUAGACAGCUUUUACGUCAAAAUACCUAGGUACGCAUCAGGAUACCUUGAUGUAUCUUAUUGAGAGUCUUUGUCCGUCUCUCCCGCUCCUGGC